UUGAUUCUCUAAAUAUUGGUGCAACUUUUGUUUGUUUAAUUUUUCAAAUACAUAAGGUUGUGGUGCGUUUUGAAGAAAAAAAAUGAUAGGAGAAAAAGCAAAAUGGAGGAUGGUAGUUGAGUUGAGAGAGUAGAGGGAGACCGCAAGCGUGUGCCUUGUUAAUAGGGAGAUCAAAAUACAUAGAUAGAUUUGAUUGAAUUUAAAUUGAAAAUAUAUAUAUAGAUAUAGAUGUUGUUGGCUAUAUUUGGAGAAAAAAAUUAGCAUUAGAGGAAUGAUGAACAUAUACAUGUUCCUACAUUCCAGCAAUAAUGAUAGGAGGAAUAGAACGGGAGGGAGAUGGCGGUGUGAUUGUGAUUACUCCAAUUCCAAUUAAUUAAUUAGAAAUUAGAAAUUGAAAUUAGAAAUUGAAGAAGAGAAGAAGAAAUGAGCAAUAGCAUGAAAAACAUGACGGGUUCCACAUCCCGUGGUUCCACUUCAUCCUCCAAUGGACUCCUCACCGUCACCAUUGCUAGUACCCACCCUCACGACCCCGCUGCUAACGACGAUGACGACGAUCUCCUCCUUGAUCCCGACGAUCCUUUUGAUAUUACCCAAACCAAGAAUGCUCCUCCUGAGACCCUCAAGCGUUGGCGACAAGCAGCAUUUGUGCUCAAUGCGUCCAGGCGUUUUAGAUAUACCCUCGACUUGAAAAAGGAAGAGGAGAAAGAGCAGAAGAAAAGCAUGAUUAGAGCUCACGCACAAGUCAUCAGAGCAGCUUUGCUUUUCAGAUUGGCCGGUGAACGUGAACUAGGUGCAACAGUGGUAUCCACAACUCCAGGUGGUGACUAUGCAGUUGGACUCGAACAACUUGUUUCAAUGUCCAAGAAUCAAAAUAUUUCUGCUUUACAACAAUAUGGAGGGGUUAAAGGCUUAUCAGAUUUUCUAAAAUCAGAUCUGGAUAAAGGGAUUAGUGGGGAUGACGUUGAUCUAUCAAAGAGGAAAAAUGCAUUUGGAACUAAUACAUAUCCUCGGAAAAAGGGUAGAAGUUUAUGGAGAUUUCUAUGGGAAGCUUGGCAAGAUCUGACCCUUAUAAUAUUGAUUAUAGCAGCUGCAGUAUCAUUAGUGCUCGGAAUAAAAACAGAGGGUUUGGAACAAGGAUGGUAUGACGGAGGAAGCAUUGCUUUUGCAGUUUUACUUGUCAUUGUAGUUACAGCUGUCAGUGAUUAUCGGCAAUCUCUGCAGUUUCAGAACUUGAACGCAGAAAAACAAAAUAUACAAUUGGAGGCCAUGAGAGGUGGUAGAACAAUAAAAAUAUCGAUAUUUGAAAUUGUUGUUGGUGAUGUACUUCCCCUUAAAAUAGGAGAUCAGGUNCCUGCUGAUGGAGUUUUAAUUACUGGUCACUCACUUGCCAUUGAUGAAUCCAGUAUGACGGGUGAAAGCAAGAUUGUUCACAAGGAUCAUAAAGCACCAUUUUUAAUGUCAGGUUGCAAAGUAGCAGAUGGAGUUGGAUCUAUGCUGGUAACUAGUGUUGGUAUAAAUACUGAGUGGGGAUUAUUGAUGGCAACUAUCUCAGAGGAUACAGGAGAAGAGACUCCGUUACAGGUACGGUUGAACGGAGUAGCAACUUUUAUUGGUAUAGUCGGGCUUACAGUAGCUGCAGCUGUGCUUGCAGUCCUCUUGGGAAGAUACUUUUCUGGCAAUACGAAAGAUUUAGAUGGAAAAGUACAAUUUGUUGCCGGAGAGACUAGUAUCAGCGAUGCUGUAGAUGGGGUCAUCAAAAUUUUUACCAUUGCAGUAACAAUUGUGGUUGUUGCAGUGCCAGAAGGUUUGCCUUUAGCAGUUACCUUAACCCUGGCAUACUCAAUGCGGAAGAUGAUGGCAGACAAAGCCUUGGUGCGAAGGUUGUCAGCAUGCGAAACUAUGGGCUCUGCUACAACUAUUUGCAGUGAUAAAACUGGAACUUUGACCUUAAACCAGAUGACUGUAGUUGAGGCGUAUGUUGGGAAGAAGAAAUUAAAUCCACCAGAUGACUCGUCAAAAUUGCAUCCAGAAGUUUUAUCUCUAAUCAAUGAAGGCAUAGCGCAAAAUACAACAGGCAAUAUUUUCGUCCCUAAGGAUGGGGGAGAGGCAGAGGUUUCAGGAUCUCCUACUGAGAAGGCAAUUCUAUCUUGGGCAAUGAAGUUGGGAAUGAAUUUUGAACUUAUCAGAUCAAAUUCAAAAAUUCUCCAUGUCUUCCCCUUUAAUUCGGAGAAAAAGCGAGGUGGUGUUGCUGUGAAACUGGUGGACUCUGGAGUGCAUAUACAUUGGAAAGGAGCUGCUGAGAUAGUUCUAGGAACGUGUACACAAUAUCUUGAUUCAAAUGGUCAACGGCAAUCUAUUGAAGAAGAGAAGGCAUUCUUAAAGAAGGCAAUUGAUGACAUGGCUGCUCAGAGCUUGCGUUGUGUUGCUAUUGCAUACAGAUCAUACGAAUUGGACAAAAUUCCAUCCAAGGAGGAGGAUUUAGACCAGUGGAUCUUACCCGAGCAUGAGCUUGUUUUGCUUGCUAUUGUUGGAAUAAAGGAUCCUUGUCGCCCUGGAGUCAAAGACGCUGUGAGAUUAUGCACUGAGGCUGGUGUUAAGGUACGUAUGGUUACCGGGGACAAUCUUCAAACAGCAAAAGCAAUAGCUUUGGAGUGCGGAAUACUGGUUUCAAAUGAAGAUGCGGUUGAGCCAACUAUAAUUGAAGGAAAGACAUUCCGUCAAUUAUCUGAUCAGGAAAGGGAACAAGUUGCUAAGAAAAUAACUGUGAUGGGAAGAUCUUCUCCAAAUGACAAGCUUUUGCUUGUGCAAGCACUGCGUAAAGGAGGUGAAGUUGUUGCUGUCACAGGAGAUGGCACUAAUGAUGCUCCUGCUCUUCACGAGGCAGAUAUUGGUCUUUCUAUGGGCAUCCAAGGAACUGAAGUUGCAAAAGAAAGCUCAGAUAUUAUAAUCCUGGAUGAUAACUUUGCAUCAGUAGUAAAGGUUGUUCGCUGGGGACGUUCUGUUUAUGCAAAUAUUCAGAAAUUUAUUCAGUUCCAGCUCACUGUUAAUGUUGCUGCUCUUUUUAUAAAUGUUGUGGCAGCAGUAUCUUCUGGUGAAGUUCCUUUAAACGCAGUACAGCUUUUGUGGGUCAACCUUAUUAUGGACACACUUGGGGCUCUUGCUCUGGCUACGGAGCCACCAACUGACAGCCUUAUGCACAGAUCACCAGUUGGCCGAAGGGAACCUCUUAUAACGAAUAUCAUGUGGAGGAACUUGUUCGUACAGAUAUUCAAUGAAUUCAAUGCUAGAAAGCCAGAAGGAAAGAAUGUCUUCAAGGGAGUGACUAAGAACCGUCUCUUCAUGGGAAUUGUUGGAACGACCUUUAUACUUCAGAUAAUCAUCAUCGAGUUCCUUGGGAAGUUCACGACAACAGUGAAGCUUGAUUGGAAGCAGUGGCUUGCUUGUCUUUGUAUUGGGCUUUUCAGCUGGCCACUUGCGAUAGUAGGAAAAUUUAUUCCAGUUCCCAAAACACCAUUGUCACGGUGCGUCUUGAAGGUGUUCAGGCGCUUGAAGAAGUCUCGUACUGCAUAAUAGGUUGCCAAACUUAUCACAUGCAAUUCAAAGUAAGCUAACGGCCAACAGACAUGUAACCAUACAUAUCGCUGAGCUGAGCCUUGUAACAUAAUGUAUAUUCAACGUAUAUAUAGCAAUUGUAUCAUUUUUAGACAAGUUCCAAAAACAUAUGGCAAAGUGAACAAUGCAUUUACCACUUUUCCCUUUUUUUUGGGUGGGAUGGAGUGGGCUGUUGUCAAAAGUCCUGUUGGAAUGUGUAUUGUUAAGUUCAAAUGUGAAUUGUUAAGUUUAAAUUUGAAUUGCUAGGUAAAUUAAUCAGAUGAAUUUUCACUUUGGAACUGAUUCAA